UUGUCGGAAGACGUGGAGAUGCUGGAAGACGUGGAGUUGCUGGAAGAUGUGGAGAUGCUGGAAGACGAGCAGAUGCUGGAAGCCCUGGAGAUGCUGGAAGCCCUGGAGAUGCAGGAAGACGUGGAUUUUCUGGAAGACACAAAUUUGUUGGAAGACGUGGGUAGGCCGGAAGACAUGAAUUUGAUGGAAGACACAGCCUUGUUGGAAGACGUGGAUUUGCUGGAAGACAUCGAUUUUCUGGAAGACGUCGAUUUUCUGGAAGACCUGGAGGUCAUUGGAAGACGUGGAUUUCCUGGAAGACAUGGAUUUUCAGGAAGACCCGAGUUGUCUGGAAGACCUGGAUUGUUUGGAAGACAUAGAUUUGCUGGAAGACCUGGAGGUUCCUGGAAGACAUGGAUUUUUUUCCGGAAGACGUGGGUCUCUAGGAAGACAUAUAUUUGUUGGAAGACCUGGAUCUAGUGGAAGACAUAAAUUUUCUGGAAGACGUGGCUUUAUUAGAAGACCUGGUUUUCUGGAAGAUACGGAUUUGGUGGAAGACGUAUAUUUUUCUGGAAGACAUGGAGUGAGUGGAAGACCUGGAUUUCUUUCUGGAAGACAUCAAUUGACUGGAAGACCUGGAUUUUCCGGAAGACAUAA